AAAAAGUUAUAGCGGACUGUGGAUAUGUAAUCCCUCGUUUACUCACAUGGAGGUAGAGAGAGAAACAUUAAGAGAAGCUCGGUGUGUAGAGAGAGAAAGUGACGUUGUGAUUAGUCAUGUUUUUACAUCCGUUGUUGUACUUUGGACCAUUAUUCGGGUAACUUUUCCAAAGCCGAAGCCCUCCUCUCGCUUUUGUUUCUAUACUCGUGAGGUGUGAUGGUGCGAUGAAGCCAAAUGGGGCCUCUUUUUCGGUGUUAUUUUCAGAUUCUCACUUGAUUGAGGCAAACCCACCAAGCUCUAGAACCGUAGUUCAGAUUCGAACCCUAAUUGUAUGCGAGAAAUGCCGUGAAAAAGGUGUACAUUGAAUAGAGCGAAUCAAUAAAGAGGCUGUAGAUGAAGCGAGACAGUAAUAAAUCGGUAAAGAUGUUAUUCAGCAAAGAAUUUGAGGGUCUGCAUGAUGAUGGUUUUGAAGGGUCAAUAGACGAGCACUACAUUUUUAGAGAGGUGUUCUUUGGAAAUGACAGUUGUCAAACUAGUAAUAGAUGUCUUGUUACUGGAGCUAUUAAUUUUGAAUGCGACUAUAGUCCGCACACAUAUGCGCCUCCAUGUUUAACUGGUGAGAACUCAGUCAUAACAAAUGAGCAAGAUUCUUGUAAAUUGAAGGAGGGUUGUAGGGCGUAUGCUGUACCAGGGUCUUUCUCGGAAGGAUUUGCUUUGUCAAUGAAGAAUGACCCCAGUGUGAAUGUUAAACGAAUGAAGUUAUCAGUUGAUGAGCUUUCUAAUGUCAAACCUUGUUUAGGAAAGGUUUUAAAUCCAUCGGCUUCCUUGAAAGGAACUGUUUCUGGUGUGUCACAGCCUGCUGCAUAUUCUCUUUGUGACACUAUAACAUGUCGUUUAGUUGAGUCAUCUAGCCAGGGUGUUACAUCUAGUUGCUAUCUGCUAAAGCGACAUGUUGAAACAGACAACAGAGGUGAUGUGGGUGACAGGGAUGUUUCCAACCAUAGAUUAUCUAGCUUAAAUGGAAGCGACAAGAGGGAAGUUGUCGCAAACAAACCAAUUGCUUCACCUGUUUCUCAGGAGAGCCAUGCAAACAAGCUUUUGGUUGCCAAUCCAAUUAUCACUGUUGCAAGUAAAUCUGGAUCUCUCAAGUAUUCCAAGCCAAGAUGGAAGGAAAGCUGCUUUGUGAAAUUGCCUUUAAAUGAAAUGUUAUUGCCUAGAGAUUCCUUGAAAGAUCCCCGUUCCUUUCUCCGCUACCACAUCAAUCACUUACUUAUAGAAGCAGGAUGGGAGAUCGGGAGGCGCAGAAGAUCCAAUAAGUUUCAUGGGCUUGGGGAAUAUGUUUAUAAGUCACCUCCAGGAAGGCCAAUUCGUGAAUUUCACAGAGCUUGGGAAGUGUGUGGUCAGACUUUAUUUGAUGACGCAGAUAGUGUUGUACAGGAAACUGAUAGUAAGCAGUGGCUUGAUUUGAGUCAGUUCUGGUCCGAUCUAUCUAACACAAUUCAAGAGAUUGAGGGACAAUUGGACAAUGUAGAAACGACAACUACCUUGGCUCACCGGUGGUGUCUUCUAGAUCCCUUUGCACUUGUUGUGUUUAUUGACAAGACCCUUGGCGUAUUGAGAGCAGGAAAAGGAGUUAAAGCAAGGAGAGGUUUUGUUAUUAAUUCAUCUGCGAAACAUGGAGAUGUUUUGGCUUUAAAAAAUGUGGAUCUAAGUUCUUUGCCAGCUAGCGGGUCAGAUAGCACUUGCGACCAGUCUGGUCAUUGCCUUUUUGAGGUUCCUGUCAGUUCUGGAAAUGAAAAUUUCAUGCUUGGAGGGUCUGAAACGGUUUCCCCUCAUCAAGAUAGCAACAAAAGUUCCCCAAGCUGUGAUAUAGACAGAUCAGAUCAUAAUGGGAAAAUGCCUUUCAUAGUCGUCAAAGAUGUGUCCAUGGGUUCUUCUGAGGAAGUAGGUGGGUUUUUUGAGAGAAAACCCACCUACGAGGUGGGGAAUCUGUUGGAAGGAUAUGUGCAUGACCGUUCUUAUCACAUUCCUGAUGAUUGGACAGAAUCUAAUGACAAUAGAACUUAUGUGCAAUUGCGUAGUACUGUAAGCGCUUCUGAGCUGUGCGGACCAUCUGUUGCUGAAGAUAGCAAUUUGGUUACACCAGAGGAUAUGGACAGCCUGCAACGUAAGUGCGGUAAAGCUGUAAAUUUCAAGAAGAAUGAUGCAUCUUUUGUAGAGGCUGUUAUCUUGAAAAAGAGUGCACAGACGAAAUCAAAGAAGAUAAAUGAAAUUAAACUUCCCACAUCAUAUAAACAUGACAGGAUUGGUGUGUCUGCAUCUUGUAAGGGUGGAGGGGUUGAUGUAGAUAUUACUAGUGGAAAUUUAGAUUCAAGAAGUGUCCAGGAGUGUUUAGUAGCUUAUUUAAGAAAUGAUAAAAGUAGGAAAAAGUCACCUCUUGGCUCAGUUCAGUGCUGGAAUGACAAAAAACAGUUUAAAACUAAGAAGUUUCAAUGUUCUAAUAGUUCUAAGAAGUUGGUUCAGGUUACUUAUGCCAGGAAGCAUCUGAAGGAGCCCAUCUUUGAGAAUAGUAUUGAUGAAGCCCCUGUGUGUCUAAAGAGCCUGUCUCUGGAUUCUCAAACUUGGCGGCAUAAUGUAAAGUCAACAAAACUUGAAACCCAUGAUGAAAACAGACCAAAGAGAGUAAUGACAUGCACUCUUAAUGAUGAUGAUCUGUUGAUUUCAGCUGUCAUAAAACCUAAAAACUUCAGAUCCACUACUAAGCAGUCUAGUCAGAAACGAAUGUCCUGCAAAUCAAAAUCUCUCAGAAAGCACAAGAGCCAAAAGGGCAGUUGCAGAUUACUUCCACGGAACCUGAUUAAGGGUGGAAAACAUUUCAUGGAUGGGAAGUGGUCGGCUUUCACUGCACGGACAGUAUUGUCUUGGUUGAUUCAUUCUGGGGUUGUUUCUCUCAACGAAGUGAUUCAGUUCCGGAAUCCAAAGGAUGACGCUGUGGUUAAGGAUGGCUUAAUUACUUGGGAUGGGAUUUUAUGUAGGUGUUGUGGUGAGGUGUUUUCGGUUUCUGAAUUCAAGAUUCAUUCUGGUUUCAGGCUAAAUCAUUCCUGUUUGAAUCUUUUCUUAGAGUCGGGUAAGCCCUUCACCUUGUGCCAGCUUGAGGCUUGGUCAGCUGAAUACAAGGCCAGGAAAAGUGUCACUCAAACUGUACAAGGUGAUGAGACAGAUCAAAAUGAUGAUAGUUGUGGCCUGUGUGGUGAUGGGGGUGAGUUGAUAUGCUGUGAUAACUGUCCAUCUACUUUUCACCAGGCAUGCUUGAACUCACAGGAACUACCUGAAGGCAGUUGGUAUUGUGCGCACUGUUCUUGCUGGAUUUGUGGGGCUGUAGUAAAUGAUAGUGAGGAAAGCCCUGGUGCAUUAAAAUGUUGGCAGUGCGAGCACAAAUAUCAUGAGGACUGCCUGCAAAGUAGGGUUUUGAACAGAGUGGCUUCUGAUAACCGGUUUUGUGGUGAAAGCUGCCAGGAGGUUUACUCUGGCCUCCAUUCUCGCAUUGGGUUCAUGAAUAUGAUUUGUGAUGGGUUUUCUUGGACUGUUCUGAGGUGCAUUCAUGGUGACCAAAAAGUUCAUUCUGGACAGCGUUUUGUUGCUUUGAAAGCAGAAUGCAACUCAAAAUUAGCUGUUGCUCUUACAAUUAUGGAGGACUGCUUUCUUCCCAUGGUGGAUCCCAGAACAGGCAUAGACAUGAUUCCCCAUGUAUUAUACAACUGGGGAUCACAGUUUGCUCGUCUAAAUUAUCAUGGAUUCUACACCGUGGUCUUGGAGAAAGAUGAUGUCUUAAUGUCAGUAGCAUCAAUCAGGAUUCAUGGGGUAACAAUUGCAGAGAUGCCCCUUAUUGCUACAUGCAGUAAAUAUCGUCGCCAGGGAAUGUGUCGGCGCUUAUUGAAUUCUAUUGAGGAGAUGCUAAAAUUUUUGAAGAUUGAGAAACUCGUGAUAUCUGCCAUUCCCAAUGUUGUGGAUACAUGGACUGUUGGAUUUGGCUUCCAGCCAUUGGAAGAUGAUGAGAGACAGAGCCUUAGUAACAUCAACCUGAUGGUAUUUCCUGGAACAAUAUGGUUGAAGAAGUGUUUGUGUGAGAAUCAACCAGCAGUUCAACAAACUGGAGCAAAUGAACGAGGAGAAGUCGGGUUUUUCUCCAAAGUUGGUCCCGAUUCAAUGCAACAAUUAGACGAUACAUCCUGUGAUCAUGAAGUUGAUGUGGAAAUGGAGUUUAGACCUGCUGAGUGCAAGAAUUUGCAGGUAGAUGGAGACCAGGAUGAAAAUUUGCUUGGACAUUUUUCAGAACUGUCCUUUAAAGAACCAGCUUCAGAGUCUGUGGGAAACCAAGUUGAAGUUCUUUGUCAUGUAGAAUCAUUGAAUUUGUAUGAUGAAAGAGUACAAGAGAAUGAAAAAUAAAAAAAAAAAUCCAUUAAGAAAAAAUGAAUUUUGGUUUUUGCUUUGAAGUAAUGAUUUCUCAGUAGACUUUGUGGCUAGAAAAGGUAAGUGAAAAUUAACGAGGUCGUGGAAGUAAACAGAAUGGCUUGGGUGGGGCCUUGCGCCGGCAAGUAUAUAAAUUGCA